AUGGGAUCGCCGUCUCCGGCGCCGCCACCGCCGCCGCCCAAGUGGAUUAUGCUGCGCCGCGUUCCGCAAGUGUGCCAUGAUCUCUACGCUGACUUCUCCGUCACGCUCGCCGAGCCCCCGCGCCCCACCGAGCUCGUCGUAUCCCCGCAUCUCGCCCCCGAUGGCGUCUCCGCCGACUGUUUCCCUUUGGUCCACGCCGCCGAUCCGUCCGGAAUCCUCCUCGUCUCCGCCACCUACGACCGCUGCUCCAUGGCCCCUCCCUCCGCCGACAAGCAGGCGGGGGAUUACACGACCAACUACUUCGCCUGGCAUGCCGCCAUCGACUACACCCACCGCCUCCCGCCACAUGAGGACUCUGUAAAGCACACCGGCAACGUCGGCCUCGUCGUCGACGAGUACAAUUUCAUGGUCGCCGAGCUCCUGCCCGCCGGCGACGGCGACCGCGCCAGUCUACUCUGCUAUUGGUCAUAUGAUCGUGAAUGGGUGAAGAAAACUCUCCCCUUUCCCCUCAAAUGCCCUUGGUCUAGUGCCCGUACCUUCUCGCACCAAGGGAAGCUCUGGUGGUUGGAUCUUUCGCAAGGUCUUCUCUGCUGCGAUCCUUUUGCUAAAGAGACGGAGCUCCUCUUCGUGCCAUUCCCUGAUGAUAUAGAUACACACACUCGAGGCAGAGAUGUCGGCAACCGUCGCUGCGUAAAUCUGAGCAAUGGUGCGCUGUGGUUAGCGGAGAUGACUUACCACCGCCGUGCGCUGUUCGUUAAGAUGUGGAAGCUGGGCACUCAAGGGCAAUGGACUCCCGAUUACACAGUUAAGUUUGCGGAUAUCUGGGCUGACAGGAGCUACAAGGAAACUGGAAUACCGAAGAAGAAGCCGGCAUUGGUAGCCAUCAACCCUGAUGAUCCCGAGGUGCUUUACUUCUCUUUGGAGGGUAAUCUCCUCCAAGUUAACAUGUGUGCCAAAAGAGUUGAGCUGUGUGUGGCUUUCAGGCGCCCUACCACAGAUUUGAAAAUAGACCAGGGGUCCUCGCAGUUUAUUCUCACUUGGAAUCUUCCGACAUCGAUAGUUUCAUCAUCAGGACGAAAGCAAGAAGAGCGGUCAUCGAGGGAUUCAGCUUUUGAUAUGAUUGCAGAUUCGUUCACCAAUGCAUGCGCUAGUGUGCUUGAUGAUAUGGAAUUUAAUCAGCUGGCUAUGACUGCAAUUGAAUACCUUAACCAGAGCCGAAAGGAAGAGGUAAUUGUGCCCUAA